CCACCAGCAUUUGCCCCUGUCAGUCAGUCUGACUGCCCCCCUUCGACUCAGCUUACUUCUUUUUCUGUCGCUCUCGCAUUAGUCCUGUCUGUGCCUCCAACAUCGACCAGUUACUGACGGCUCUCCACUCAGAGUAUUACAGCAGUCUUUACUUGCCUUACGUGCUACACUGGACUAAAAGACAGCGUGUCUUAAAGCGGCCUCUGCCACCUGCUUUCUCUGGGAUAUUCUUUCCAGGACGUUGGAGCAAGUAUCUAGGUCUCAACUUGGACUGUCAUCUGUGGACAGGACCUUGCCUGUUGGAUGGUCAUUACUUGGGUCCAUUUUCGACUGUCUUAGUGUAUAACUGUUUAACUCUGAGUGGGGUUGAAUCCUUCAGGCCGUGUGUGUAGUGGGCAGAUUGGUACAAAAGCUGCAGUGCUGGACUCCUGCAGUGAUUCCAGGUUAUUUUCACCCUAGUUGACUCAAUCUUGACUGCCAACAUGGCCUCGUUAAGAAGUUUGAUUCUUGCAAUGCUGCUUGCACUGCUCUGCUCCUUCCACACCCCACUGGCACCCUCCGCAAAGGCCCAAGAUCUGCCAUUCCACUCUGAGGAGGGUCUGAUGGCUGAUGAUGAUGAUGACGACGACGAUGAUGAUGACGACGAUGAUGAUGAUGAUGAUGAUGAUGACGACGAUGAUGACGACGAUGAUGAUGAUGAUGACGAUGAUGAUGAUGAUGAUGAUGAUGACGAUGACGACGACGACGAUGAUGAUGAUGAUGAUGAUGACGAUGAUGAUGAUGACGAUGAUGAUGACGACGAUGAUGAUGAUGAUGACGACGAUGAUGACGACGAUGAUGACGACGAUGAUGACGACGACGACGAUGAUGAUGACGAUGAUGAUGACGAUGAUGACGAUGAUGACGACGAUGACGACGAUGACGAUGACGACGAUGAUGACGAUGACGAUGAUGACGACGACGAUGAUGACGAUGAUGAUGACGACGAUGACGACGAUGAUGACGACGAUGAUGAUGACGAUGACGAUGAUGACGACGACGAUGAUGACGACGACGACGAUGAUGACGAUGAUGAUGAUGACGACGAUGAUGAUGAUGAUGACGACGAUGACGACGACGAUCAUGAAGAUGAUGAUGAUGAUGAUGACGAUGAUGACGACGAUGAUGAUGAUGAUGAUGAUGAGCAUGCUUAUCACAAAGGCUCUCUGUGCGCAUAUUGUGAAUUCUGUGAGCACUGUGACAGCUGUGAUAAAUGUCCUUGUGAAGAAGGAGACAAGUCUGAUCACUGUGACGACUGCAAGAUGUGCACUUAUUGCAACGUGUGUCCUCUUUGUGAAACGGUUUGCAAGCCUGGAGGAUUUGUUGAUGAAGUAACUGGAUCAAUCUACAAGACUGUCGCUGAUGUCUUUGAUGCUGAUGAUGACAACUAAAUCCAACAAUACGUUGCCACCAUGUGGCCAAACUAACACAUUUCACCUUCAUUUGUUUUCCUCGAGUACCCAACGCAUUUGACUAAUAAUGACUGAGCGAGAGGCAAUAAUGUAUGCUGUUAUUGCUGUUACCUGACAUGUUAUCCUUUUAACAUAUUACCAUUAAAUUUGUACAUGAUUAUGCUAAACAAAAAAGGAGAUAUGAUUCAUAUCAAAUCAAUAGCACCAAUUCACAAUACAUUUAUUAGCAUGAAUCACAAAUUUACAAAUAACAUCAACAAAUACAACCUUUGUGUUGCCAUGAUCACUGAGUCACAUAUUAUUCAGUGAAAGGAUUUAACAUGCUGAAGAGAACAUAGUUCCUUGGAGAUCUAUUUAUAACCUGUAAACGCUUUCACAUUUUGUCUUUUGUUUCUCAAAUUAAACCCACAAACUAAUGUAUUUGAUUUUACAUGAUGAUCAACACGAGGAGGAAUAUAAUUGGGUAGUGGACGGAAAAUUGUGGUUGUUUAAAAAGUUUGUACAAAUAAAAAGUGAACUUUUCCCUACG